AUUGACUACGAAGAUGGUGAAUCAAGUACUGUCCCGAUUAAGAGCAUAUUUACUUGGCAAGAACUCAGCCAUAUUUGUGCGGAACGAUGUUGCAUAGGAGGGAGAAGAGUAUGCAAGAUGACUUACCAGAACAGAUUUCCAACUGCUGAGGUGUAUGUCGAGACAGAAGUUGUUGGCCAAUAUGGUGGGGGCGGUUAUACCGAACAAGGUGAAGGAUCGGGAGGUUUUUCCGGUUCAGGAGAUUUCAGAGUGCGGCAUGAUGCACCAUGGCCAACAUACGAGGAUCGAACUGCAACUGGUCCAUUGGUGGAACAUGACGGA